AUGAUUGACGGGUGGCUUGCCCAAUGGGAUGAGGGAGUAGGCGGAAAGGGGCGUGUGGCGCAGCCAUGGACGGGGAGGGCGCGUACGAGCCCGGCUUCGUGGGGAUCCGAUUCUGCCAGGAAUGUAACAACAUGCUGUACCCCAAGGAGGACAAGGAGAACCGGAUCCUGCUCUACGCCUGCAGGAACUGCGAUUACCAGCAGGAAGCCGACAACAGCUGCAUCUACGUCAACAAGAUCACGCACGAAGUGGACGAGCUGACCCAGAUCAUCGCUGACGUGUCCCAGGACCCCACCCUGCCCCGAACCGAGGAUCACCCCUGCCAGAAGUGCGGGCACAAGGAGGCCGUGUUCUUCCAGUCCCACAGCGCCCGCGCCGAGGACGCGAUGAGGCUUUACUACGUGUGCACGGCCCCGCACUGCGGCCACCGCUGGACAGAGUGACCCCAAAACUGAGCCAAAAUCACCCUGAAAUCACCCCAAAAUCACCCCAAAACUGACCCAAAAUCACCCCAAAAUCACCCCAAAACUGAGCCCAGAAUCACCCCAAAAUCACCCCAAAACUGAGCCCAGAAUCACCCUGAAAUCACCCCAAAAUCACCCCAAAACUGAGUCCAAAACUGACCCAAAAUCACCCCCAAAUCACCCCAAAAUCACCCCAAAACUGAGCCCAGAACCACCCCAAAAUCACCCCAAAACUGACCCAAAAUCACCCCAAAACUGAGCCCAGAACCACCCCAAAAUCACCCCAAAAUUACCCCAAAACUGAGUCCAAAACUGACCCAAAAUCACCCCAAAACUGAGCCCAGAAUCACCCCCAAAAUCACCCCAAAACUGACCCAAAAUCACCCCAAAACUGAGCCCAGAACCACCCCAAAAUCACCCCAAAAUUACCCCAAAACUGAGCCCAGAAUCACCCCAAAAAUCACCCCAAAAUCAACAUGAAAUUACCCCAAAACUGACCCCAAAAUUGAGCCCAAAAUCACCCCAAAAUCACCCCAAAAUUACCCCAAAACUGACCCUGAAAUCACCCCAAAAAUCACCCUAAAUGUGACCCCAAAAUCACCCCAAAAGUGACCCAAAAAUAACCCCAAAACUGACCCCAAACUCCCCAAAAUGACCCAAAAAUAACCCCAAAACUGACCCCAAACUCCCCAAAAUGACCCCAAACCUCUCUGGGAUCCCCAAAAAUUCCAGGGAAAAUUUCCCAAAACCCCCGAGAAUUUCACGGGAUCCUCCCCCAAAGGGAAAAAGGAAAAAAACCCCAAAUUUUGGGAAAAUUCCCCCCAAAUAAAUGGAAAAUUUACUAAAAAUAAA